GCCAAUUCCUUGGGUUUCAUCAGCUCUCCGUGUUUUCCAGCCUGCCUCUGUCUCGUCCCACUCAGACUCUCUGUCAGAGCUCGGCGUUGACAGCCACUGGCCACUGAUCAGCCCACUUUGUCGGGGUUUGUGUCUCCAUGCAAGACUGCUGAGAAAGAAGCUCUGACUCUCGCAUCUUCUUUUAUUCUCAAGGCAAGCAAACGCAACAAAACAACAAGCCCGUCCACGGCACCAAAAGCACCAGAAGUGGAAGAAAAGCCUUCAAGUCGUUUUCUAGACUCGUUACUGUCUCACAGCUCCCUGCACCAUGUCUGGAGAGGACGCACCUGCCGAGCAGCAAAACGCCGUGGACCAGAAGCAGGAGACCAAACCCGCCGAGGAGCCCAAAGCCGAGGCGCCCAAGACGGAGCCCGCACCCGCCGCCGCCGCCGAGGCGACCACCGAGAAGGUCCCCGAGGAGGAGACGUUCUCCUACCGCGCGCUGGUGCUCACCGGCUACGGGGGCUAUGAUAAAGUGAAGCUGCAGGUGAAGAAGGGCAAGCCGGCGCUCAAGGCUGGCGAGGUCCUGGUGCGGGUCAAGGCUUGCGGGCUGAACUUCGCAGACCUGAUGGCUCGGCAGGGGCUGUACGACCGGCUGCCGUCCCCGCCGGUCACCCCGGGAAUGGAGUGCUCUGGGGUGGUGGAGGCUGUGGGGGAAGAAGUGACGGACAGAAAAGUCGGCGAUAAGGUGAUGGUGCUGAACCGCUUUGGGCUGUGGCAGGAGGUGGCGGUGGUGCCAGCAAACCACACCUUCCUCAUCCCAGAGGGCAUGAGCUUCGAGGAGGCAGCCGCCCUCCCUGUGAACUACAUCACUGCCUAUAUGAUGCUGUUUGACUUCGGCAACCUGCGGCCCAACCAGAGCGUCCUCGUUCAUGCUGCUGCAGGUGGUGUCGGUAUUGCAGCCACUCAGCUGUGCAAAACAGUGAAGGAUGUGACUGUGUUCGGCACAGCAUCUGCCAGCAAGCAUGAGACUAUCAGCCAGGGUGGAGUCACACAUCCCAUCGACUAUCGCACCAAGGACUAUGUGGAGGAAGUCCGCAAGAUCAGUCCAAAAGGGAUGGACAUAAUCCUGGACCCACUCGGAGGAUCAGACACCCAUAAGGCCUACAACCUGCUGAAACCUAUGGGGAAGCUUAUCACCUAUGGUGCGGCUAACAUGCUAGCAGGCCAGAAGAAGAACCUGAUCGCCGUGGCCAAGAACUGGUACCAUCAGUUCUCCAUCCACACACUCAGCCUGAUCCAGGGGAACAAGUCAGUGUGCGGCUUCCACCUGGGCUACCUGGACGGAGAGACGGAGCUCAUCACCCAGGCCAUGAGCACCAUCCUGGAUCUCUACAAAGAGGGCAAGGUCAAGCCUCGCAUCGACUCCACUUGGCACCUCGAGCAGGUGGGCGAUGCCAUGAGAAAGAUGCAGGAGAGAAACAACAUCGGCAAAGUGAUCCUCACCACAGAGCCCAUGCCCGAGGAGGAGAAGAAGGAGGAGGCCAAGAAGGAGGACAAGAAAGAGGACAAGAAGAAAGAGGAUAAGAAGAAGGAUGACAAGAAGAAGGACGAUGGCAAGAAGGAGGAGAAGAAGGACGACAAGAAGAAGGAGGAGGCCAAGAAGGAGGAGAAGAAGGAGGAGGAGAAGAAGGAAGAGCCCAAGAAGGAGGAGAAGUGAGAGGGAAGGAUGGAUAGUCAAGCAGACCAGCAGGGAGUUUGUGUCCUGGGAGCAGGGGGUGGGGUGUGGGGAAGGAUGGAGAUGGAGAUGGAGAUUGAUGGGGUGGGAGGGUGGGGGUGGGGUAUAAGAAAGGAUUGGAAGGAGUUAGAAGGGUAGAUUACAAAAAUUAUCACACCACUGUCGAUCGUUCAUCUCUUCCACCUCCCCUCCGCCUCACUGUCUUGAGUCCACCAUGACAGUGAUUACUCAGGCCUGGCUCCACCCACCCCCUCCCAUCCCGUUUUCUUGCCUUUAUCACUUAAGGGAAAAAAAAAAAAAAAAUCCAAUCACUUGUAACACCUCGUCCAAACUUAUCUCUCCGCCUCACAACAUCGAGAAAGAUUUUUCCUACUGGGAAUGACGGAGACAAGAGAGCCGUGGAGGAUUGUGGGUACGGUCCAGGCCUGGGGCAAAUUACUGUUUCCUUGACAACCGUAAUCCCUGCUCGCACUCCGGCUCCGCCCUCAACCCCCGUGCCCCUCCGCACCUCAACUCCCACUGUGCUAAAUUGUUCUGCUCUGACUUCCACCUGCCACCUCCUCUUCCCCCCUCACUGUGCUGAGUCCCCCCCCCACCACCACCACCACCACCUUCCACACCACCACCACCGCCACCCCCAAUCCAUCCACGGGCCGGACGCACAGACAGGCACAAAGACAGGCAGAUAAACGGAGAACCACACCCACCCACACGUUGCUCUCUUAGUGUCCAACGCUUAGUUAUGUCACUGAGGAUGAGUCAGAGAUGCAUGUGAUUGGCUGAUUCUCCCCACCUCCCCAGGAGAUAUUUGCAUCACAGUUUUGAUCAUGAUGUUUGACUGCUGAGACAAUGGUGUUAAUGCUACAAGGUCUAACUUUGGUUCUCAUUUACACGGCCUUAGCUGUGAUAUAUCUUGUAUCAGUCUCCACCAGUAGGUGAGAGAAACAUCUCCGCAGAGCAUGUGUUCCCACCAAAUUUCAGCGAAGUUAAUAUAGUGGCUGCAGUUUUGCACUUGCCUGAAUAUGAAUUUCCCUCAUAAUGAGCCUUUCUGUGCAGCGCUGAAUAGGGAGGCAGAAAUCAUUGCUCAGCUUCCUUCUCCUUAGUUACAGAUUUUUCUAGCUGACCAACUGUUGGCAAGAAGUGCGCAGUGCCAAUUAAGAGAGAAUUUGUUUCUGUUCAAACAAGCCACAAAAACACACACACACGCACGCACACACAAACACACUCUGAAUGUGAUGAAAGAGGCACUGUCAUGCUGAGACAGUGAAGCGUCUGAAAUGAGCAAAGUUAAGAAGGUGAAUAUCGGUCCCUUUCCCCCCCCUCAGGAUCGCGCUUUCUUCCUCCCCUGAUCCUCCUCGAGGCAUUCCAUGGCAUUCUGCUCCUUUCACAGCGACCGCUCGCCUGUCGAUCACCCUGACCUGAGAGAGGAGAAUUCAAUUCAAGCUGGCGUCCAUACUUUGCCUCCCCUGCUUGUCUCUACUCUGCUCUCUCUCUCUCCCUCCUCUUUCCAUUUCCCUCUCUAUGGUCGGCAUAGCAACAGGCGUCAGGCUCGUCAGAGAAGGCACUGUGGUCUGUUUCUCUGACUCCCUCUCCCCAUGUCUCUCUUCUCUGCCUCCCUAACUCUAUAUUUGCCAACAGUCAGUGCCGUCGACCAGUAUUCCAACAGGUGUAAAAUGCAUUAAGGAAUUCAGAUGAUGCAAAUGAGGAGGUGGAGCAGUUUUCAGGGUUGAUAGUAUUAGAAUACCAAACAGUUUGCUCAAACCUGCUUAAAUCAAGUAUUGACAAUGUGUGCACAUAGCAGUACGCCAGCUAUAACAGUGCACCGCUCCCUCUAAUGGCCAGUAUGAGUUUUGUCUCACUGGUUUAAUGUCAUUUAAAGUAAAUCAUCAUCAAUCCCACUGGGUGGACUCUAAAUCUUUCAUGUAGGAGGAUAUCAACGUUAAACCUUAGAUAUUUAUCUACCUGCCUGCCUGUCUGUGAGCCCGGCCUCAGUGUUGAGACUCAGAUGGUGACUAGUGACUUUGUAAAAAACACAAAACAAAAUGUUUGAAAAAAAAAAAAAAAAGAAAGAAAAAAAGUUGUUGUGUUAGCAUGAGUGGCCUCCCUCAUGUGCUGUGUGUGGUGUGCCAUUGUGUGUGAAGAUGUGUGUGUCCUCAGGUCGUUUGUCAGGUUUUAAAAGCACCCACCCUGCCCUCCCCACCUUGCCACAUUUCCCCCCUCUCACACUACUCAGCUACAGUAUUAUGUAGCUCCAACCCCAACCCUCCCUUCUUACUCUAUCUCUCCCUCCUGUCUGAUAAGAGGCCUGUGUUAUGAGGACAGUUGGUAUUAGUAUUUUUGCACUCUGCUCGCUGAUCUUAAUGCACUUACAGGCAUGGCGGUCGCACUCCAGUCCCACGCAGGCUUUGAUUCUGCUCCAGGUUUGCAGCCUGUUUCCCAUCAUCCACUCCCAGUGUAUCUGCUGAAGCUCACUGAAAGCACAGGUGGCACACACACACAUAGAGACACACACACUCAUGUAAAGGUCCCCUCAUUUUCAGCUUGCCAGUCCCUGCCUGGGCCAACUUCUCCUGGGUGGCAGCUAAAAUCAAAGCAUUCAUCCAUCCUUGACUGUGGGAAGUAAAAUGUGGAGCAGGGCGGAGUGGACUGGGCUGGAGUGUGACAGCCACGCUGGUGUGGGGAGUGACUGUGUCCUGUCAGCCUCUGGUUAGUGUUCUGUUCUAAUCUGCUGGGCUCCCUUUGUGAACCUGUGGACGGUGCUUCUGUUCCGAGUGCCAUGUGAGAAACAAACGCUUCGGUUAAAAGAAAAAAAAAGAAGAAAAAAAAAAGAUGUUUUACUUAAUAUGUUAUUUUAAUUUACCUUUAUAUUUCCGUUUGUUUGUCUGUUUUGUUAUCCAAGGGUUUAAAGUUCAAAGCUCAUACUAUAUAAUGUGGGGACCUGCCAACCUGCACUCCUUUUAAAUGUGAUGAAGUCUUUCUGUUGGUCUGAACCAUGUGUGCCAAAUUGUAUGUAUAUUCCUUCUGUCAAUGCUUUGAAUAUUAACAGUGCAUAAAAAAAAUAUGAAGACAAUUCUGUUUUUGGAUGCGUUUCCGUCAACCUUGAAGAAAAGAGAAAAACACAAAAGAGUCGUCACAGUGUGUCAAGAUUCGUAUCCCAAAUGCUCAUGGGUGCUGACAGGAUUUUCGCUGCAGUUUACAAAAGGUUUAACACAAUUUGUAGUUUUUGAUUGGUUGCAGUCUUGCUCCAGCGUAGGCCUGCACUGUGCCUCUCUCCUUGCACACAGCUUACCUCAAUCCGAGGCACCUCCCUCCGUAUUUAUAUCCUUUUCACUGUGCUUUACCAGCUCUCACAUCGUGUCGACCGCAACAGGUUGAAGUGUUUACAACCAUAAUAUUAGUACCACAGUGAAAAGGGACUGGACGUGAGGUGCAUUUAAGGUCCAAAACUCCACCAAAAGACAUAAAGGUUCACAACAAAUUUCCUCCAAAUCCAAAGCUCCAUGGUAUUCCUCUGUAUGGAUUCCUCUUUCUUUCAGUUUGUUUCCAAAUGGCUUGUAUAGCAAGUGAGGGAGCAGAUGUUUUCACACAGCUGUGCAGGGAUGCCAAUACUGUAACACAGCUGCAGAAAAACCCCAGCUUAUUGGCUGAUCAUAGCUCAGCUCUGGCCUGCCCCAGACACAACAUUUCCGCUUUACAGCUGAUCUCAGUUCACUCAAGGAUUGUCGGAGACGUUCCUCUUUUCCUGUGCUGCAUCUGCAGAGCGUCAACAGUCCAAAAUUCCUCUCCAUGUCGCCCCCUUUCUCCCUCCAUACACAUUCAUAGCAAAUAAAACAUUAGUUUGACAUCUGGUAUUUGAAGUUGCAUGCAUUCAUCAGCAUGUGGAAAACCGAUUAUGAUCUUUUUCUUUCUUUCAACAUUUCCCCCUCGGUUCUUUUGAGCUCAGAUGCCUUUGAGAUGAACUCAAUCAGUUGGGCGGGUGGCCUGCUGCCGGAGAGCACUUCCACCACGGUGAAGCUGCAGAGUAAUGUCAUCUUGAAAUGGUUUCCCAGUCAUUCCAGACACUUAUGCAAGAGUACUUAGCAACUCAGAGAUGCACAGGAGAAAAACCGUGUUUCAAAGUUAAAAUUAAAAGUGGUAAUUUUCUGAACAUUUGCAGUUCUAGAUUUGAUAUGACUAAUUAACACUUGUAGUUUUAGGUUUGAAAAAGAUGCACUAAGACAAUGAGUGUAGUAUUUCCAAUAGCUACUCUUCUGUCUGUCUUGGCUCGUAUAGCUGAAGUCCCUCACAGGCACCCACCGUUCAGCUUUGAGGUGAAUUUCUUUCUGUUCUCUAUGGUUUCUCAGGUCAUUCCAAACAGCAGUUUUCUUCAUGUAGGAAACCAUUUAAUUCCGCAUUCACUAACACACAUUCUGUUUCACCGUGUUCACUGCACAAACUGUCACGCCAUCCAUGUUUGAUGUAAGCUUUAGUAUUCCGAGUCAAAAUGUGAGGCUCUGUCAAGUGUUCACUCAUCCACACUGAGAACCCAAAACAACCACAUCUGCCUGCAGCUAUUGUUUCCUUAGCGGUCUUCUUUUUUUUUUUAUCAUUGCAGCAACAUUGCAGAGAUGCUACGGAAGUACAACCUGGCUGGGCUUGUCAUGUACAGUACUUGGAUGCAUGUAUAGUCAACCAGAAAAUAAGGCAUGCG